AUCCAGUCGUUGAUAUUCCUACUAAACGAUCCGGAACCGGAGCGGCCAUUGCGCCAGCAAAUUGCCGAACAAAUCUACAAGGAUAAACAAGCAUUCAUGAGAGAAGCCAUUGAGCAGACCAGGAAGAAUGCCGAGAAAAGACCGAAGUGA